CUAUUUGACUCGCAGAAAGACAAUUUCAAUAAUAAGAACUAUUGAUUUCAGACCGUUACCUUGGAAAAUCUACGCCUGUUAUUGUUACCACUCCAUGACGAGUCAGACAGUGUCGCCUAAAUCAAUUACAGACACUGGAUAUUUACGGACUUGACAUCGUUCAAGAAAAGCUACCUUGAACAUGCACGACGUUUAUAAUAUGGACGAGCUUCAGAGUGUAAUGGAGGAUUGCAAGGGCAAGGUGGUUGUCAUUGACUUCUGGGCCGGCUGGUGUGGGCCCUGCAAGCUCAUUGGACCCAUGUUCCAGCGCUUGUCAAAAGAGUCCGCCCUGACCUCGUCCCUUGAGUUUGUUAGGGUAGAUGUAGACGAGGCUCCGGACAUUGCUGAAUGGGUGGGGAUUGAAUGCAUGCCGCUUAUUGCCUUCUACAAGAACGGCAAAAAGAUUGACGAGCUCGCCGGCGCCAACGCUAAAGUGUUGGAAGAGAAGAUACGAGAACACGCCAACCAUUAGACAUAUACCGGAAAUGAACGUGUUGCAUGGGUCAGUUCAAACAUUUAAAGACGGUAGCGAAUAGCGUAGUGUUCAAUGUGGAAUUACAUGUACUUCGUGCGUCAACCAUAUCUAACAGUUGUCCAUUGAAUGUAAUGAAUGACAACUGUGUAUAUAUAGCAGUAUUCAUAUUGCGGAAGCAAAUACUAAAUGGGCAUUUCGAAGUUAUUAUGUUAUUUUAUUUUCUGUAAUGAAGUAAUGCUUUCUAAGAAUAUGUAAAAUGGCUUUUUA